AAAAAGUUGAUGGCCCUAUCAAACCUGUGCAACAAAAUUUAACGAAAAUAAAAAAGCUUGGAAGAGGAGCAUAUGCAUAUCGAGAUGCAGCGUCUGGUGUGAGCAGUCCUUCCCCAAUCAAUCCUGCUGCAUAACUUCGUCAUGGGCUUGGUAUCACUCUUUUCUAGCCCAACUUUUGUCUUUGGAGGCGCCGUUGUCCUUCGCGUGUUCCUUCUGUUCUGGGGCCUGUACCAAGAUGCAACAUCAGCCUUCAAGUACACAGACAUAGAUUACUUCGUCUUCACAGACGCCGCGCGCUUCGUGUCUCAACGCCGAUCGCCAUAUGAUCGAGACACGUAUCGCUAUACACCGCUGCUUGCCUGGAUUCUGGUCCCCACAGCAUGGAGCCGCGCAUGGUUUUCCUUUGGAAAAGUGCUCUUUGCGCUAGCUGACAUCGUCGCUGGAUACUUGAUUGUCGUGAUUCUAAGAUCGUCCUACCGCAUGCCGAGGGGGAAGGCGCUGGGAUUUGCAUCGAUUUGGCUACUGAACCCCAUGGUUGCAACUAUAAGCACGAGAGGGAGCUCCGAGGGCCUCCUAGGAGUCUUGGCUGUAGCCUUGGUGUGGGCUGUCACGCAAAGACGAAUCGUUCUGGCUGGGUUUAUCCUCGGGUUUUCAGUUCACUUCAAGAUAUACCCGUUCAUCUACGCGGCUUCGAUACUCUGGUGGCUGGACGACGAGCGCAGAAACGUUGCCUCGACAAAAGGCGCGCACAGAAAACCGACUCAGAAAUCUGUGAUCCAACAGGUUUUAAACAAGGAUCGCGUUCUAUUUUCUUGCAGCAGUCUGUUCACGUUCGUGAUAUUGAACGUUUGGAUGUACUCGAUAUACGGGUGGCCUUUCUUGGAGCACGGUUAUCUCUACCAUCUCACUCGUGUCGAUCACAGACAUAAUUUCUCACCAUACAACACUAUGCUGUACUUGAACUCGUCCCCGGCUGCACAGUCAUCACUACGUCUUGAAUCUUUGGCUUUUCUCCCCCAGCUCAUGACCAGUGCAGUGUUGAUACCCUUAGCACUUGCGAAAAAGGACCUUGCUUCUACGAUGCUGGCUCAAACCUUUGCAUUCGUGACGUUUAACAAGGUCUGUACAAGUCAGUACUUCUUGUGGUACCUUAUAUUUUUACCCUUUUAUUUGCCCUCUUCGUCGCUGCUUCACAAACCUUACUUGGGCAUUGGUGCUCUAGUAUGCUGGGUGGCUGGUCAAGCAUUUUGGCUGUUUCAGGGUUACCAACUCGAGUUUCUGGGCAACAGCACCUUUGUGCCAGGACUAUGGUUUGCCUCCAUAGCGUUCUUCCUCGUCAACUGUGCGAUAUUGUCGGUCAUCAUUUCCGACGUGGCACUCAUGAACGAUGCGGCAAAACAGAAGAAAGCUCAAUGAAAUGAAAAAAAAAAAAA